AUGACAGCUAGCUCCCUCAUUUCCGCUGCCCCCCCUUCCCCCCACACCCUCACGCAGGAAAACGGCCCUAAUGUUGGCUCUCUGCCGCACACUCAGAGACCAGUACAGCCUGGCAGCGGUGACCAACGACAUCUUCACGGCGAGUUCCUGAUCAAGCACGCCGCCCUCUCGCCGCCCGGCCGCAUCCGCGCCGUGGAGACGGGCGGUUGUCCGCACGCCGCCAUCCGGGAGGACAUCAGCAUCAACCUGGGGCCGCUCGAGGAGCUUUCUGCUGAGUUUAAGGCGGAUAUGCUGCUGUGCGAGUCAGUCGGAGGUGAGUUGCACUGUGGUGUGGUGAACAAGACUGACCUGGCGCCGGCGAUCGGUGCUGACCUGGCGGUCAUGGAAACGGAUGCGCUUCGCAUGAGGGAUGGCGGGCCCUUGGUGUUUGCACAGAUGAAGCAUGGGGUGGGGGUACCGGCCAUAGUGGACCAUGUGCUCACAGCAUGGAGAGUGCCGCCACAGGCCAGCCCAGGAGGUGACGGAGCACUCUCCCUGGCAGGCCGCAUUCCCGCGUCGGAUCCCAUUCUUAAACUGGUUCAGAUGGCAGCAGCGUCGUCAGGGACUGUAGCAUCGCUAUAUGGCCUGUCGAAUGGCGGCGCCAGCCACGCCGCCAUUCGCGGCCCGCGCUUCGGCGCUCACGGUCGACGUGGCACGCCUGUCUCCAUAGCGACGCGCGCGGCACUCUCGAAUUUCGGAGCCGAUUUCAACACGUGGCAAUCCGCCACUGCGCGCCAAUGCGGGUGGUUCAGCGGGGAGAUUGGGGGAGUAUGGGUAACCAGCGGGAUUGCCGGUGGAUUGCGGAGGCGCGCGGAACGGAAAGGGGGAGUAUCUGCAGCGGUACGGGGUGCCGGUGGGGGGGGAGUGGUUGUUGUAGCGGCGGCGGGAGCGGAGCAGUCGCCUUAUGACGUGCUGGGAGUGGCUCGAGGCGCGUCUCAGAAGGAGAUUAAGUCCGCCUUCCGGCGGCUGGCCCUUAAGUACCACCCCGACGUGAAUAAAGCGCCCGACGCCCAGGAGCGCUUUGUGCGCAUAAAGCAGGCGUAUCAGACGCUCACAGACCCCGAUGCUGCUGCCAACGCCAAGGCGCGCGCAGCCUCCCAGCGGCAGCAGCAGCAGUGGGCGCGGACAAGCAGCAGCACCAGGGCGAGGGGAGGGUAUGGAGCGCAGUGGGACGCUGAUUUCAGUGGUCCAUUCGACCCGUUUGAUGCGUGGAAGGGGCCAACGAACAAGCCUGAUGACUUUUACAGCCUCGACGAUUUCUUCAAGGACCUUCAAAAAGACUUUGAGGAGAAGCACAAGGAGCGCGGCACUGGCAAGCCCAAGAGCCUGUGGGAGGAACUGGCGGACCUUGGAGAGGACUUGGUGGAUUUCCUGGAGAAGAAUAGCGCAGCAGAGCGUGUGGAGGAGGAGAGGAUAAAGAAGGAGCAGGAGAAGGAGAUUGAUGAUGAGCUUCAGAAGCUGAAGCGCGAGAUGGGGCUGUGA